GAACUGUGAGCGGCUGCUCUUUGCAUUAUAAAUACUAGAUAUGGCAAAGAAGUGACAUGAAGACAACAAAAUAUUGAGGACGGAUUCCUUGUCGAGAGCUAUAUACAAUGAAUGCUGGUCAAUCUCUGGUAGCCAAGAGGCUAGAAGGUAAGGUAGCAUUGAUAACUGGUGGUGCUAGUGGCAUAGGAGAGAGCACUGCUAGGCUCUUUGUCAAGCAUGGAGCUAAGGUUCUUAUUGCAGAUAUACAAGAUGAAUUAGGUCACUCUCUCUGCAAAGAGCUUGGAACACCAGAUUUUAUCAGCUACAUCCACUGUGAUGUGACGUGUGAAACUGAUGUCCAAAAUGCUGUGGACUUGGCAGUCUCGGAGUACGGAAAGCUUGAUAUCAUGUUCAACAAUGCUGGCAUUCCAGGUGACCUUGAAAUCAGAGCCAUAACUUCAGAUAUAGAGAACUUUAAGAGGGUACUUGAUGUCAAUGUGUUUGGCGCAUUCUUGGGUGCCAAGCAUGCUGCCAGAGUGAUGAUUCCAGCCAAGAAAGGGUGCAUUCUCUUCACUGCUAGUGUUGCUUCAUUGGUAUGCCUUGGUAUUUCUCACGCCUACACCACAUCAAAGCAUGCUGUUGUAGGAAUGACUAAGAGCUUGAGCGUGGAGUUAGGAGAGUAUGGAAUUAGAGUUAAUUGCAUAUCUCCUCACGCAGUUGUGACUCCUCUGUUACAAAAAACGUUGGGAAUUUUGGAUAAACGAAAGGGGGAGGAGAUAUUGUCUACAACAGCAGUCUUGAAAGGGACCAUAUUGGAACCAGAAGAUGUUGCGCAGGCUGCCCUUUUUCUAGCAAGCGAUGAGGCCAAAUAUCUGAGUGGUGUCAACUUACCGGUUGAUGGAGGCUACAGUCUAAACAAUCCAACAUGGAAAACGGGACUGCAAAACUGCAAUGAAGACAUUCAGCCUUCAUAAGGUUAAUUUAUUUCUUCCGCUAAUAAGUUCAGGGGUUAAUGGUUCAGAUGUUCCAUUUACCCUCUCUAGAAAGUUACUAUCUAUGUUGACCUUGGCUUCAAAGUUAAACACAAAAGUGUUCGUUCCCUUAUCGA